ACACAUCCGUUUGCAAGCUCGCGACAGAAGGUACGAACCAGUUCAAGUUAGCAAGUGCGGGUCAAGGUCUUUGGGUAUUUUGUUUUGGACGAAUUCUGGGCUUUUGGACUCACUCUUUCGGAUAUGUGCAGCUUGGGAGACGUCCAUCAGCUGAUGGGUAGUCAGGUAGAAGCUCCACCUCAUCCACAGAGGGGAAGUUCCAGUUCGGUGCAAAAUGGUCCAGGCCCAAACCACGUGAAAGAGGAAGAGGAUGAUCCACAGCCCCGCUACACUCAAGAGGAAGAGGAGCAAGUCAACAAGUUGUCACUGAAGGUCGUCGUCGUGAAGAGUGAAGACGAUGGCGACGAAGCGCCCGACUGUUCGCGACUUCAUCGUUGCAGUCCGAGCGGGGAGUACCGCGGAGGAGCGCCACCGCAUCAGCUCUUAGCGCCGCCGUCACACGCCGACAACACAGACAACGCGAAAGGCGAUGACAAACAGUCGGAAAGUUCCGGAAAGCAGACUCCAGCAUGCGGGAGACGCCUCAAACGACAAGAACUUUUCAGCUGCUCCGUUUGCGGUAAAACAGCUACUCAAAAGUCCAACAUGGUCAAACACAUGAGAGUACACACGGGAGAGAAACCCUUCAGUUGCUCGCUUUGUGCAAAAGCCUUCGUUGAAAAGGCAAAGAUGAUAAAGCACAUGAGGAGUCACACGGGAGAAAAACCCUUCGGCUGCUCAGUGUGUGGUAAAAAAUUCACAGAUAAACAAAAUAUGGAGUCGCACAUUAGAACUCACACAGGGGAAAAACCCUUUAGUUGCUCGUUGUGCGGUAAACGAUUCAAUAAAAAGUCGUACGUGACAAUACACAUGCGAACGCACACGGGAGAGAAACCCUUCAGCUGCUCCGUUUGUGGCCAGGAGUUUGCGCAAAAGUCGGAUAUGGUGAGACACAUGACAAAACACACAGGAGAGAAACCCUUUAGUUGCUCCGUGUGUGGCAGAACGUUAUCUCGAAGGGCCAGUGUGGAGUCGCACAUGAGAACGCACACGGGAGAGAAACCCUUCGGCUGCUCCGUUUGCGGCAGAAACUAUACCAAUCGAAACAGUUUUGCUACGCACAUGCGGACCCACAACAAAGGAGACUAAAUGCCCCCCACCCCCACUGCCUUCAGCUCGUCUGCCAUUUGUUCUGAGACACAAUUCAGCCCCUGGUGAAGCAGCUGUCUUGCUUGGGACAUUUUCCCCCACCAGUCAUGCCGUUUUUGACGUACUAGUACACAAUACAUUUUACUAGCAAAUAUUGUCUUUCCAACAGGUAAGCACCUCUCUCUCUCUCUCUCUCUCUCUCUCUCUC